CUCAUAACGAACUAAAAAUGUCAAUAAAUGAGCAAAAGUUACAAGAAUUAGGUUCUAAGCAUCCUGCACCUCCAAACUUCAAAUACUCUUAUGGUACUGCUGGCUUUAGAUCAAAAGCUAGCGUCUUAGAUAGUGUAUUGUUCCGCGUUGGUUUGAUAGCUGUAUUCAGAUCACAAAAAUUAGAUGGUAAAGCUGUCGGUGUUAUGAUCACAGCAUCACAUAACCCAGAAUCAGACAAUGGUGUUAAACUCGUUGACCCACAUGGAGAUAUGCUUGAUCCAAGCUGGGAAUCUUACGCGACUGGUUUAGCAAACACACCAAUUGAAUCAUUAAGUUCAUACUGUAACCAAUUAGUCAACACUCUCAAAUUGGACACUACAAAACCAGCUAAUAUCAUUAUUGCAAGAGACACACGUCCAUCUGGUCUUGAUUUACUUAAUUCCUUGAAAGAUGGUAUCGAAGCUCUUAACAAUGGUUCAGUUCAAGUACAAGACUUUGGCUUGGCUACUACACCUGCUCUUCAUUAUCUCGUUAGAGCGACAAACAGCAAGGGUACGAAAGAUGAUUACGGUGAACCAACUAUCCAAGGUUACAUGUCUAAAAUGGUCCAAUCUUUCUUAAGUCUCGUUCAAGGGAAACCAAAUAUACCUGCACUUAAAGUUGAUUGUGCUAAUGGAAUUGGUGCACCAUAUAUCAAAGAUCUUAUCAACAAACUUAAUGAAGCUGAUGCACCUUUAACAAUUGAUGCAAUUUUUGAUGAUACUACACCUGCUAUUGGUAAAUUAAACAACGGUUGUGGCGCAGAUCAUGUAAAGAGUAAGCAACAAUUACCUAUUGGUUUCCAACCAGAACCACUUGAACGUUGUGCAAGUUUAGAUGGUGAUGCAGACAGAGUCGUUUAUUACUACAACGAUCAAAGAGGUAACUUUAAGUUACUUGAUGGUGAUAAAAUUGCCAGUUUAUUAGCAGUUUUCAUUAUCGAACUAGUUGAAAAAGCUGGUAUCACUGAAGAAGCUAAAGUUGGUGUUGUUCAAACAGCGUACGCUAAUGGUUGUUCAUCAAAGUUUAUCAACGCUCAACAAGUACCAAUUAAAUGUGUACCAACUGGUGUUAAGCAUCUUCACCAUGCUGCUCAACAAUAUAGUAUUGGUGUUUACUUUGAAGCUAAUGGUCAUGGUACUGUUUUAUUCUCACCUGAGUUUAUCAAUUUAGUUAAAACUACAACUCCAACAAUGCCAGCACAACAGACCGCGCUUCAACAAUUAUUAAGUUUAUCAGAACUAGCAAACCAAACUGUUGGUGACGCAUUAUCAGACUUGUUAUUAGUUGAAGCUAUUUUAAUUCAAAAACAAUGGGGACCUGCUGAAUGGGAUGGAUUAUAUGAAGAUUUCCCUAACAGAUUAGUUAAAGUAACUGUGCCUGAUAGAACGGCAUUCACAACGACCGACGCUGAAAGGAAGCUCGUUACACCAAAUGAUUUACAAAAAUCAAUUGAUCAACACGUUUCGAAAUAUCAAGAUGGUAGAUCAUUUGUUAGACCAUCAGGUACAGAAGACUGCGUGAGAGUUUACGCAGAAGCUCAAACGCGCGGACAAGCAGAUGAGCUGGCAUUUAAAGUUGCAGGAUUAAUCUACGAUAGUCAGCAAGGUGAUCCAAUUUCAAGACCAAAAGAAUUUUUGUAAUUUUUAUUUAAAUUAUAACGUUUAACCCGGU